AAUACAUGAUGAAAGUUCCACCAUAUUAUUGGAUGAGGACAACACUAAUUGUAGAAAAGCAUUUUGCUUCAUGGGUGUCAAAGAGAAUGCACCAGCAUUGACCAUGACAGCCAUUGAAGGAGGGUAUGCAAUUGAUUUUCAUGCAAAGUUAUCCGCGUUACAAGCAUUUUCCAUUUGUGUUGCUGUACUACAUUGUACAGAAACCUCUGCUACCGCUCGGGAGAUGGAAACCAAACGUUCGCCGCAAUACAAUUCAUUAAAAAUGCUUAUCGACGAGGAGGUGAAAUUCUUAAUAAAUGCAGUCGCGGAGGGGAAGAAAGGCAGAAAGAAUGUGGAAGCUGUCCCAGCGUCCUAUGUGAUUAACCCUCCUUUCUCUCCGGUUGCUCGUGUCUAUACCAUAAACUAUUACCCUGUUCACUUGAAAAUGGCCUAUUGGUAUAUGUUUCAGAGUCUCUGUAAUGAGGGAUAGACAGUGUUUGCACUAAAAACGGCGAGGAGUUGAGCAUUUCGCCAUUUCCAAACAAAAGGGAUGUCU